AUGACGACAUUUCCGCUAAAAGCAUCCCCUGUCUUUAUGAAGGAGGAUCGGAUAACAUUCAGAAAAAACCAGCAAGAAUGCACAGAAUUGACAUCAGUGGCUCUAAUUGUUUCUGAUAACACUCAGACAAUCAGCCAGUCGACACUUGCAAUUGGUGACGCAUAUAUUCGAGAUGUAUCCGAACGUUUUAUUUGUAGCGAAAAUUUGGAUGAUUACAUGACUCCUUAUUUGAUUGAACCAGAAAAAAAUGAAAAAGUCACAUCUAUAAACGGAAGGAGAAUGAUAGAUAUUGUGUUCUUUUUGAACAAGUUAAAAGAAAUUUUAAGCCACAAAAGCCUAUUUAACUGUGGUAUUCAGUGCUUGAUAUUACUAGGAGAGAAAAGAAUUGGAGUUGCAUCAAAAUUCAAGUUAAUGUGCGAAAUGUGUGGUAUGGUCUUUCAUAUCGAUUCAGAUGACCCAGCAACUACUGAAAAUGACGAUAUGAAUACAGGAGCCGUUGUAGGAAUAAUAUAUACGGGAAUAGCUUAUUCUCAACUUGAAGAAAUAUGCUCGUCGAUGAACAUACCUACAUUUUCCGAAAGAUAUUUUUCAAAAAUACAAGAUAAAGUAUUCGAUGAGUGGGAAAGGACAGCUGCAGAAGAGAUGGAAGCUGCUGCCGAACGUGAAAAUGAGGCUGCCAUUGCUGAAGGGAGAACAAAAAAUGGAAUACCAAAUAGACGAACUGUGGCAUCUAAAUCACAAAGCCUAGUAGAAGACGUUGACACCAACGCGGCUGAACGUUUUAAUAGCGUGAUUGCUAAAAUGGUUGGAGGGAAACGCAUCAUUUUUUGUCUAAGACGUGGUUAUCAAGAACGAUGUGCUGCAGCUGUUGUAUCAUUUAAUAACAAGUUGCCGAGACACACUAUUCAGAAGAAGUUGUUAGGCAAAAAGUCCAAAAAGUAUUUUAAAGAAGAUGGAAAUGAAAAGAAACAGAAAAAGACUAUGGAAUUGUAA